AUGGCGAGAGUUGGCUUGCGUAUCUGUCUCCUCCUCCUCCUGACCUCGGGGGUCGACAGCUUGUAUUCCACUGAUUCCACGAUGGACACUGAAGAAUUUGAUGACAAGCUCACGCAGCUGUACUUGACUAGGAAAUAUGAUGAGGUUGCGGAUAACUGCACUGAGGACGUCGGUUUGAACUGGAACAUUCCUGAGUUCAACUUGGAGUCUAUGCAAUCGAAUCGGCCCAUGUACCCAUGGACUGAGGUUGUGCCGGAAGACAGUAUCUGCAUCCACUGGCGCCAGCACAAGCAAUCCUGUCGCCUCCUCCGCCCAAAAGAUCGCGUGGACGGCCCGAUGCCUCCUCGAGCAAACUCCUCAGCGAUCGCUUGCGCUUAUCCGCUCGACGACCCUCACGCUAAGAAAGUGAUGGAGCGCAUGAACCCUUGGUGCCUGGAGUGGGUACCAGAGGACCCUGACGCUCUGACCUACGUUGCCCCUGGAACACCGAGAAAGCUGAAAGAGCAUACCAUGUGA